AUGACCAUCCUAUCAGAAGGCAAGGUGACAAUGGACUUUGAAGUUGGUUUUGACAGCAGUGGGAGUGACUCUUCGUCUUUGUAUAAUUCCGACUCCGGAGUCAGUGUGGAGACUCCGGCCUCAUGUAACACAUCGGUGGCCUUCAAUUUCGAACGUCCAGAUGAUGCUGAAUAUUUAUACUGUGAUCUACUUUCUUUUUAUGAAACACAUUCCGUGACAGUUAUACAGGCAGUACAGUGUCUUUCUAAUGUGGAUAUUGACAUCAGUCUUAACGCAUGUACUUAUUUAUUCAAUUUAUGUAGGUGUGGAUACGCGUCAUUUAUCGCCCGUAUAUGUCCAGAUGUUUUCUAUAAUGUAAAGAUACCUGUAUUUUGCCGUUCUUCUAGUAAGUACGUAGAUGUUAUUCAUUGCAUGAGCGGCGUUAUAAACUAUUUUUCACAAUGCCCAGAUGGACUGGUCAUGAUAGUGCACAAUGGAGGGCUUGAUGUCAUUAACGGGCUUCUGCUUUUCCCUUUCGAAUCUGUUUUAUACUUCUGUGUGACUGCCCUACAUAACAUCUUACUAAGUCACAAAACAGCUAAAGGUCUCAUUAACCGAACAUGCAUUUCUAAUCGUUUAAUAAAUCUUCUAAAUUAUUCUGUUGAUCACGUGAAAUCAGACACACCAUGUUCAUUAACAUUAUCAAACUUUCAGCAAAGUAUCAAUCCAAAGUUCUUGGCAGUUCUCUGUGAUUGCUUGUAUAUAUUAGCAUACAGAUCUGAAAGUACGAAAAAAACGUUUAAGGAACAAGGUGGACUAUCUUCCCUUCUCAAAGUUAUCAUGAUUUCAACUUACGAAAAAGUUCUAUGGACGGCUACCAGACUUCUUCGAGUUUUGUCUGCAUGGAUUCCCGUCAAAUAUGAAAUAAUUGCUCAAGAUCCACAUUUAGAUUUCUUUACUCAUUGUUUAGAAUGUCACUCAUCGCGAGUAAUAACAAAUGCCCUAUGGACUAUGCGAAAUCUUUCAGAUAUUGCCGUAAAUAAUAUAACAUCGGAUGUCUCCGUCAGUGUAGUAAGACAGCUUCUUCAUCAACUGAGACUCAACAUAUGUAGUGAUAGCUAUGGAGCUUACUAUUCAACCAAUACUGGAGGUGAUACUCCUGUGUCCCGGUGUGUUCUAGGAGCACUAGCAAAUUUAACAUGUAGGAAUAAUGCUGCAAAGUCCUACAUUGUUCGGCAUAAUGGAAUUGAUUUAAUCAUGCAAAUAUUGUAUAGUGAAAUAAGUGGACAAAAAAAUUAUUAUCAUACAUUUUGUGAUAAUCUUAGUCAAUCUAUGUUAAAUAUGUCUAUUCAAUGUAAAAAUGAUAAUGAUCAUUCUAAUAUAGUUAAAAAAUGUUUAAAUAAAUUACAUAAUAAUGAUAAUAGUAAUAGUAAUAAUAAUAAUAAUCACUACCAUGUAACAAAAUCUCCAAUCAUAACAACAACAACAACAACAGUAUCCUCAUCAUUACCAACAACAUCAUCAUCAUCAAUAAUCAAUAAUCAAUCAAUAAAACAAAAAAAUGAAUUACAUUUAUUAAAUUAUUUUUCUGAUAAUAAUAAAUUAAAUAAUUUAUUAAAUAUAUCAAUAUUUAAUUCAACAUUAGAUUUAAUUGAAGCAGGUUUACGUUGUUUAUCACAUUUAACAAUUGGACAUAUGGAAUUAAUAAAUGUUUAUCAUUAUUUUAUACAUCAACGUAUUGCAUCCAAAUUAAUUAUAUCUAUGGGUAAUAUAUAUUUACCAUUAUUAUUAUCAUUUCCAUUUGAUCAAUAUAUCAAUUUAUGUAAAGAUACUACUAUUAAUACUACUACUAACAAUAAUACUACUACUAAUACUACUACUACUAAUAAUAAUAAUUGGGAAUUUGAUUGCUUAACUCAAAUACUUCAAUUAACAAAGACUUGGACUAUAUUAGUACGAAAUUUAUGUAUAAAUUAUUAUAAUAAUGAUGAAUUCACAUCUGUAACAAAAGCAAAUUCAUAUGAUACAUUAUUAAAUAAUAAUAAUAAUAAUAGUAAUAAUACUAAUGCAAAUCUAUGGCCUAAGCAUUUACGUUCACAAUUUCGUCAUGGUAUUCAUAAAUUAGUACAAAAUUUAAGGCAUUUAAUAAAUACAAUUCCUAGAGAUUUACAACCAAAAGAACUUAAACCUACUAUGGAAUUUGUUCAUAAUGUAUCAAUGACAUUAUUCUCAUUGAAUAGCAGUAAUAGUAAUAAUAACGGUCAUAUUGACAACAGUACUACUACUACUACUAUCAAUUAUGAAAGUCAAUAG